GUCAACCAGACCCUGCAGAAGCAUCGAGGAGCAAAGAGCACACAACAGCCUCAUACCAAUAGGAAGAAGCUGACGCGGAGACUUCGUCAAGAACAGAUACAACAGUAUAUUUCAAGCCUUACGUUUUCCCGACAUGUUCUGGCAAAGGAUUGUCGUAGCUAGACCGCUUGUGGCACAAGCCAUCAACCGAAGGAUGUUAUCGUCUGCCUUGAGUCAAGCAACAGUGACCGCUACAAGGACAGAACUUCACAACUACCAACAAGCUUCCAAGCCCUCACUAGCGGCGAAGAACAAAUCAAGUUCGGAAUACGAUCUCAGCUCAAUCAUCCCUCUCAAGUCUCGGAGUGAAUAUAAGGAGAUUGUCCGCAAAUACAACCAGAAGCGGUCUAAAUAAUAAAAGACUGACAGGCUGUAUUGAUUCGGAGCUGUGCAUUAGGUGUAUGUUCACCACGAUCUUCUCGUAGUAGUUGAGCAUAUUGCAAAUUCAGCCGGAAUGUUAUAGUAUUUCAUUGUGUCAUAGUAGUUUGGCAUAUUGCAAAUGCAGCCAGCAAGUUAUGGUAUGCUUUUAUUGUGUAAAUACAGAAGCAAAAAAACUAC